AUGACGACCUCUGCAGGAGACAGCGUAACCAUUGCAAUCGAGCGCUUCGACAAGAAGACGGAGGAAUGGGAGCACUUCCAUGAUGCUGGCCUUGAUGAGAUUCUACGAGACAUUGACCCGAACUUUCGAGGCAGAGUUAUCACGACCAACACUACAACGAACAGCGGCAAGCCACGCAUAGUGCGACUCAUAGAGCAGUGUAAGCAGCUUGGGUACUCCGGACUCAAGGAAGCAUUUGCAGAGUGGCGAUCGACUCAGGAUGAUCUAAGAGACCCGGUCGUGGCAUGUCGUGUCUGCCAGGUCUACCACAAUGCAGGGCACCCGGCCGGUAAACCAGGCGCAGGAUCUGGCUGUCCAUGCACAGCACUGCAGACAGAGGCAGAGCAUGUUCAGCCGACCGGCACCAGUUCGUCCGCCGCCGCCGGCGGUGAAACUGCUCGAGUAGCGAGCCGUCAGACACAAUCGCAAGGAAUUCCAACCAAAGUAUCACGAUCAUCUCCGCGACCUAGGCGGCCUGCCAAAUCGGGUUGGAGCAAGGGGGAAGACAGCGUCCUCCUGGAUGGUAUUCGCAAAGGUUGGGAUGCAAAGAAGAUUGUAUCUCACCUACCUUAUGGCACCACACGCACUGAAAGCGCAGUCCGUGACCGCAAACGUGCGCUUCUUCAGCGAAAUCACAGUACCGUUUCGAACACAUCCCCGCUUUCUGGAUUUGGUGAUACAACAAGAUCUAUGUACAUGAGCUCUCCUGCGCCACGAACGCCGCCUGGCAGAACCACUGCGAGAUCGCAGUCAUCUGACACGGCUGAUUCUAUCUACAACGGCGCUGGCAGUGGCAAGGGCAAGGCUAGGUUGACGCAGGCAAUGGCAGACAAGAGGGUCAUGCGUGCUCAACGUCGCAACCCACAGGCGAAGCCAACAAGCGAAGGCGGUGAAAACUUGGAGGAGUUCUUUGCUCGUAAUACAGGAGGUCCAUCAAGCAGCCCUGGCAUUGCCCUGGAACGAUCACGGCUCGAAACCGAUUGCCAGCUUGAGAGCCCCGCAGGUCGUGAGCAGGACGUGCCACAAACUCAAGCCACUCAAAGCUCCCCAGCCAGGCAGAAAGGACGAAGAUGGACCAAGGAAGAAGACGACAUCGUGCUCGAAGCACUGCGUAACGGCUGGGAUACCACGGCGAUUCUGAAGCGGCUGCCAGAUAGUGCUAAGCGCACACCGAGCGGCGUCAGGAGUCGGAGGAUCGUGCUGAAGAGGCAAGCCCAAUAUCUCACAUCUCCAUCGAUGUCCCGGUCCCGUAGUACCCACAGGAUGGUGACAGGCACCAGGGGCCAAGAACCAGCACAGGUAACCCCAAUGACUCCCGUCAAAAGAGCGGUGGACGUGGUCAAUCUUUGCGAAGGUUCAGAUGAGGACACGAAUGAAGGCUCGGAAGCCGACAGUCCUACAGCAAUGAGAGUACGUACAACACGCUGUCAGUCAGCAGGCCUGCAGCGGCGAAGGCAGUAUUUUGUUGAACAAGAUGUAGUCGAGGGCACACCACUCGAAGCGAAAGUGGCGCCAGGUAGACCAAUUGCCUACGUCGUCCUCGAUCGCCCAAAGAAGUCUCCUGAUCGUAUCGAGAAGCGAAGACGACCAGCUGGCAUACCAAAGACCCCCCCCCCCCAUUCCCAAGCACCUCUGCAAAGCGGUAAGCGAAGGGCUAGCAUUGACCCGGCCAGUGAUGGUUUCGGGACAAAGAGGUCAGAAGCGGCGGCAAUGUCUGCGACGACGUCAGCCGAGAAGCAGAGAGUAUUCUCAGAGGAUGAACACAAGCUACUUCGGAGACUGGUUGAUGAAGACCUUCGGCCGUGGAAUCAGAUCCAGGCGUACUUUCCUGGUCGUACGUUGUUCUCUCUUCUCACCGCAUACUCUACACGAGUACGCGGCAAUUGA